AAUAAAAAUUAUAAAAUACUAUAUGAAAAGAAAUUGGAAAAAAAACAGAAGAGCAUAGAGGGAUCCUAAAUCAAAGAAAAGAGAGAACCCUUGCUUACCAAAAAAAAAGGAGAGAGAGAGAAUCCUUGUAUCGCGUCGCGUUUUGUAAAUUAAAAAAAUUUUAAAACUUAUUACGUCAUCUAUCUCUUCGCUUUCUCUUCGCAUCUAAGAAAUAAGGAAAACAGAAACAGAAAAAAAAAAAGGGGGGGGGGGGGGUUGCAAUUUCUUCUUUAGUUCUGGCGUUCUGUAAAUUUGAAAUUUCAAAAUCCUAGCUCCCUCAUUUUUCCAUAUAUUCAUUCUAAGUUAGAUCUUUACUUUUUUUUUUAUUCUGUUUUUGUUAUUUAUUACUAUUUUUUUCUCUUUCCCGAAAUGGAGCGAUCCAAUACGUGUUGAAUUCCGUAUUUGCGUCUGUAGUUUAGACAUAUUUGAAGAGAGAUUUUGGACAAAAGGGAGUUUUUGAUAGAGGGGAGAAAAGAAAAAAAGAAGAUGCGUUCAAAGAAAAUGGAAGGACCAUCGGCCCCGGCUAUGCGUCGAGACCCUUACGAAGUUUUGUGCGUUUCACGGGAUUCUACUGAUCAGGAGAUCAAAACUGCUUAUAGAAAGCUAGCUCUCAAGUAUCAUCCUGACAAGAAUGCCAGCAACCCUGAGGCUUCAGAGCUUUUUAAGGAGGUUGCAUAUUCAUAUAGCAUUUUAUCUGACCCAGAAAAGCGAAGACAAUAUGACAGUGCGGGGUUUGAGGCUCUUGAAGAUUCAAUGGAUAUGGAGAUUGAUUUGUCCAAUCUGGGAACUGUUAAUACAAUGUUUGCAGCAUUAUUCAGUAAGCUUGGUGUCCCCAUCAAGACUACGAUCUCAGCUAAUGUUCUUGAAGAAGCUCUAAAUGGAACUGUCACAGUUAGACCCCUUCCUAUUGGAACAUCAGUUAGCGGAAAGGUAGAUAAGCAAUGUGCCCACUUCUUUGGUGUAACAAUAAGAGAUGAACAAGCUGAAGCUGGGAUUGUUGUGAGGGUAACUUCAACAGCACAAAGCAAAUUCAAGUUACUUUAUUUUGAACAAGACGUCAAUGGUGGCUAUGGUUUGGCCCUACAGGAUUUCACUGUUUGUCUGCAGGAAGACAGCGAGAAGACAGGCAAGGUGACAUCUGCUGGCAUGUAUUUCUUACAUUUUCAAGUAUACAGAAUGGAUUCCACUGUAAAUGCGUUAGCAAUAGCUAAAGAUCCUGAAUCUGCUUUCUUUAAGAGGUUGGAAGGUCUUCAACCUUGUGAGGUUUCAGAACUAAAAGCUGGCACACAUAUAUUCGCUGUCUAUGGAGAUAAUUUUUUCAAGACUGCUACUUAUACAAUUGAGGCACUUUGUGCAAAGUCAUAUGAGGAUACUACCGAGAAGCUUAAGGAUGUUGAAGCUCAGAUAUUAAGAAAGAGAAAUGAGUUGCGCCAAUUUGAAACAGAGUACAGAAAAGCAUUAGCACGCUUUCAAGAAGUGACCAACCGGUACAGCCAAGAAAAGCAGUCGGUAGAUGAGCUGCUGAAACAGCGCGAUACUAUCCAUGAUUCAUUCACUGUAACAAAAGCACCCAAUAGUAUUGGUGUUAAUUUAAGUAAUGGAAGCACUAGCAAAGUUCCUGGUGAGAUUGAGAGCCCAUCGGAAGAUGGAAACUCAGAUGGGAAGGAUAAAUCAGGGAAAAAGAAAUGGUUCAAUUUGAAUCUGAAGGGAUCUGAUAAAAAACUUGGUUGAAAUGGUAUUCAGAUAGAUUCUUGUUUUACAUGAGAGGUUUGAAAUGUCCACCUUUGAGUUUGACAUAUUUGCCAGCACUCUGCUGCCUGCUAAAGCUUGCCUUGUAUUGUUUAUUCAAUUCUUUUCCCCGUCUAUGGCUCUCCACCAAGCUUGUUCAGUAUUUCAUGUUGCAGUAAUGGUCCUGUAUAUACUUAUUUGAUGAAGUGGGCUCUCCCAUCCACUUGUCUGUUUAGCAGCCUCAACAUUUGUAGUUCUCAUAGUGUAAUAGGAAAUUCAUUUGUCUUA